GGAACAAGAAUUUCUGAAACCAAUUUUCAUUUCGUCCUGUACACGUCGGCUUUGAAUCUUCAGAGCUGUCAAUGGCGUGUUUAUCACCCCUACUCAUUUAUUACAUUUACCACUCUGCCACUCACUUCUCGUGUAGUCUCUUCGUCUCUCUAUCUCUAUCUGUGCCACCACUAUAUGUCUAUAUCUCUAUCUCUAUCUAUAUCUAUAUCUAUACAUCUACAUCUAUACACUCAAUGCUCAACAACCCUCACCAACUGUUCUAGGGUUAGGGUUUUACCCUCCGUUUAUUUCGCUCCCAUUUCAAACUUCCUCAACUUCGAUGAACUCCGAUUCUUCAAUCAAUCUACACCUACAGGUUGAAGAAAGUGAGUUUCCGCUUCUACAUUGUUGUUCUCUAAUAAAAGGUUGGAAAUGCAGUUACUUUUUAUUGGGUCCUGAAUUUUGACUUUCUGAUAUAUAUAACCUUAAUUUUGAAAGUGAUGGAUGAGAGGCGGCAUUCCGUUGAUAUCCCUAUUUCGAAAACUCUGUUAGCACUUAGGAGAGUAAGGUCACUUAGGGAUCCAUCAACUAACUCUUUGAGCAAAUUCUCUGCUUUGGUUGAUAAUUUGAAUUGGGAGACAAAUUCAAGUAAUGGGAUUACUCUAGGAUUUGUCAAUGGUUGUGAAGAAGGUGGCAUGGAUAAUAAUGUUAUCUCAGGAUCAAAAAAUCCAGGCUUAUAUGGACACAGGGAGGAAAAUGUUAGUGAUCUUGAGUUGUAUUAUGGUUCGAGAAAACCCAACUCUAAGUUUAUUUCAUAUGAAAAUUCAGGUUGGGUUGGAAACACAGGUUCUGUUUCCCUAAGGACCAAACAUGUUGUAGGAUCCGGUUGUAGAUCAUCAAAUCAGGAAAUGGGUUGCGGAAACAAAUCAUUAAGCAAAAGAUAUUGCAGUGAUUAUAAGGACAAGGGAUUGGACUUCACAUGCAUCACACCUUCUAGUGAUCAUUUGGAGGGUGAGGGUUCAUCUAAUGAACCAGUUGGAGGAUCAUUGCAGACAGAGAGAAUAGAUCUUAAUGCAACAAAGCAGAAAUACCAAUAUAAAAAGCAAGUUAUAUCAACUAGAGUGGCAUCGGGUGAUGUCGUGAGUCGUACAGGCAGUCCAAGCUUGUCCAUGAGUGAUGGGCGAUUGGGAGGGUCAAGUCGCAGCGCAUCUUUAUAUGGAAACGAAGAUGUUGAUCUUGUAGAUCACGAUCAUCGUGGAUGUGGGAUAAGCUGUUGCUGGUCAAGAACCCCAAGAUUUAGAGAAUCAAAUCUUCCUUCUGAUGUAGAAGACCAGCCACUGUUAUCAGGGGAAGGAGGCAGCAGACAUCAUUCUGGACAAGGAAAGACCUGGAAACACAUUAAUAGUGAAAUCAUCCAGUAUUCAGAAAGUCCUAGAAGUCUCAGUCUGAAAUUCAGACCAAAAUCUUUCAAUGAGCUUGUAGGACAAAAUGUGGUAGCAAGGUCUCUUUUGAGUGCCGUGGCAAAUGGGAGGAUCACUUCCUUUUAUCUCUUUCAUGGUCCCCAUGGAACAGGUAAGACUUCUGCCUCAAGAAUUUUUGCCGCCGCUUUGAAUUGUCUCACACUUGAUGAGCAUAGGCCAUGUGGUAUGUGCCGAGAAUGUCUCUUGUUUUUUUCUGGAAGAAACAAAGAUGUCAAGGAAGUGGAUUCUGUGAGAAUCAAUCGAACUGAUAGGGUUAAAUCUCUUAUUAAGAAUGCAGCCAUCCCUCCAGUUUCCUCAAGAUUUAAGGUUUUCAUAAUUGAUGAAUGCCACUCGUUACGAGGACAAACAUGGGCAACUCUUUUGAAUAACCUAGGGGACCUUCCUCGACACGUUGUCUUUGUAGCGAUCACUCCCUACCUUGAUAAGCUACCAAGAAAUGCAGUGUCACGGGCCCAAAGAUACCAUUUUCCAAAGAUAAAAGAAGUUGAUAUUGCAAGCAGAUUAGGGAAAAUCUGUGUGAAAGAAGGACUUGACUUUGACCACAUGGCUUUGGAGUUCAUUGCUACUAAAUCUAAUGGUUCACUUCGGGAUGCAGAGAUGAUGCUUGAACAGCUGAGCUUGCUUGGCAAAAGAAUAACAAUGGCUUUGGCAUAUGAACUAAUUGGAGUUGUUUCUGAUGAUGAAUUGCUAGAUUUACUGGAUAUGGCUUUGUCAUCUGACACAUCAAAUACAGUUAGAAGGGCAAGGGAGUUGAUGAGAUCAAGGAUUGAUCCUAUGCAAUUAAUAUCUCAGCUAGCAAAUCUCAUAAUGGACAUUCUUGCUGGAAAAUGUGAGGAAGUUACUUCUGAAGCCAGGAGAAAGUUUUAUGGAAGACACACUUCUGAAGCAGAUCUGCAGCUACUUAGUAAUGCGCUCAAAAUACUCUCCGAAACAGAGAAACAAUUGAGGACAUCAAAAAAUCAAACGACAUGGCUCACUGUAGCACUUUUACAGUUAAGCUCUGCAGGAUCUUGUUCCUUGGAUGCAGAUGAUUCGAGGUUGAGUGUGAGAACAGUACACCCAAGAGGUGGUGAUUUUGGCUGCACAUCAUCUGCGGAUCUUGUCACUUGUGCAUGUUGCAAUAAUGAAUCACUGAAAUUAGGAAUUCAGGAUGGUAAAGAAACACUGGAAUCUAUCUGGAAGAGAGCUAUGGAAUUAUGUCAAUCAAAUUCACUCAAAAACUUUCUCAGGAAAUGGGGAAAGCUGUCUUCUGUUUAUUUUAACCAUGGUCUGGCUGUAGCUGAAUUGGAAUUCCAUCAUCCUGACUAUGUUGCUAAAGCAGAGAAGUCAUGGAAAUUGAUUGCAAGCUCGCUUCAGUCUGUACUGGGUUGUAAUGUAGAGAUAAGAAUCAACCUUGUAAAUUGUGGUUCUAUUACAAAGUAUGCCAAAGUGAAGAAGCCAUCCUUCAGCUUGUUCAAUUGUUCACGUAGAAUGUGCCCCAAGUCACAAUCCACCACUGAACGUGGGAGUGACCCAUCGGAUAACUCUGAUUUAACCUCUGAAAAAGCCAUGAUAAGGGACAGAUCUGUUCAAACCUGCUCUUCUGAUUGUGGGUCUCAAAUCUCACAUAAUUGCUCUCACAGAAAAGAAGCGGCUAAGACUAUAAGAAAUAGUGAAGGAAAUGCACUAAGCAUUAGAAAGAUUACGCCCCAAAAAUUACUACCAGAUGAUUUUCCAAAGCAUGGGUCCGGAGUUGAUUCUUCCAAAGAAGAGGGAAGUAACUGUGGUUGCCAGGCUAUAUCCGCUCAGGAGCCAGAGAAGCAGCCAAGCUGUUUCUUUAGAACCUUGAAGCUUCAUAAAAAGUUUCUUUCAUCAGACACUUCACAGAUGGUCCGCUUGAGAGUCCAGCCACAAAACAAGCUUCUGUUGUCUAUUCCCAGAGAAUCUUCUGAACCAUAUUUUCAAGCCGCAAAUCCUUAUAUUUUCUCCAACAGCUCUAACAAUUACAAUAACUGCUCCAGGGAUGUUGUUGGACCAAGGGAGGACUCAAAGUUUCAUUGUUCAAGAACCCUCACGUUUCCCUUUAGGAAGGCUUGGCAGCUGAGGCAUCGAUCACAAAGAGCACUUUUGUUCGAGUGGGUUCUACCUUGCACAGCUGGUUAGUAGUUCGGCAGUAUAUUUUGGAUGGCAAAAUUCUCCGGUGAUUGCAAGGACACGUUAAAGAAAUUCAUGCCUCGUGCAUUCUGCAAGUAAUGUAGCCGUAGACCUCGUAAUCACAUGUUCUGCCGGUGUCAUCAUAAUUUGGCAUUGUAAUAUGUUUUUGUGCAGCUGAAUUUGGGGUGCUUUUGGAAACAGAAUGAUAUUGUUUUUCAUAUUACUUGUAUAGAUAAAUGGAGAAUUUAAAUGU